ACCGUACGUCUUCUCCCUACAAUUUCCUCCGUAUCUUCUUCCUAAGAAAAACGGAAACGAAAGCCAACGCGGUUUUGUUUUUUGUUCAACCAACGACGAUUCCGAGCCUUCCUUGGUCCCGUCCGCCCCCCCUCCAAAAUGCAAAGCAGCCUCUGAGGUGACGCUGCUUCCUAUCGUCGCAUUCUCUCGGUUGAUUGAUCACAUCCAUCGUCGGGAGCGGAGAGGUGGGCCGGGAUGGGGUGUUGCAGCAGCAGAAACGCUGAUUCGAAAGCGAGUAGGAUCUCCCGGUGGCGAUCCACGGGCAUUGUUGCUUUGCGCGACUCCAAAAUGAAGACCUUUCCAGAUGAAGUUCUUGACCUGGACAGAUCUGUACGCACUGUUGAUUUAACGCACAAUAAAUUAGUUGACAUUCCCAUGGAGAUCAGCAAAUUAAUAAACAUGCAGCGCCUGGUCUUGGCAGAUAACCUCAUUGAACGCCUCCCUUCGAACCUGGGGAAACUCCAGUCUUUAAAAGUUUUGACACUUGAUGGAAAUCAUAUUAGUAACUUACCUGAUGAAUUGGGUCAGCUGGUGAGGCUUGAGCGGUUAUCCAUAUCUGGGAAUUUGUUAGCAUGCUUGCCAGAUACAAUAGGGAGCUUGCGCAAUUUGUUGCUAUUAAAUGUGUCAAAUAACAAGUUAAGAUCUCUUCCCGAAUCGAUUGGGAGUUGCUUCUCUUUGGAAGAAUUGCAGGCAAAUGAUAAUUCUAUUCAAGAUCUACCCUCUUCCGUGUGCAAUCUCAUUCACCUGAAGUCAUUGUGCUUAAACAAUAAUAAUGUUAAACAGAUUCCUUCUAAUCUAUUAAAGGAUUGCAAAGCUCUGCAGAAUAUUUCCCUGCAUGGCAAUCCCAUCUCAAUGGAUCAAUUUCAAGAGAUGGAAGCAUUCCAAGAGUAUGAAGCACGAAGGAAAAAGAAAUUUGACAAGCAAAUUGAUUCCAAUGUCAUGAUCAGUUCUAAAGGUCUUGAUGAAGGGGUUGAUCUAUGAUAGUCCUAGUUUAAUCCUCCUGGUGACAGUAAGUUCCACAUUCUUGUUGGAAGUCGAGUUCCAAAUGUUAAUAUACCAUUUGGUUCUUGGCGUAGGGCUGAUGAUUUGUCCAUUUUAAAAAGUCGAUUAUAGAAUUUGAUUCCCCAAGUCCUGAAUAUUGAUUUGUAUAUUGAACAUACUAUGCAGAAAUUAGUAGCUUUCCAAAUUAUUGAAUUUUUAUGCGUCUUUAAGUCUUAGUUAACUUUAUCAUUCUAGUCUUAAUUUGUAGUAAUUACAUUUUUUGUGUUUGUUGUCUAUCUUGCUCACUAGAGCAUCUCCCACGAGCGGCGUGUUGCACUUAUACCACUUGAGUGUAGCGGAAGAUGGACAUGGGUGGGCUAGGUUGGGCCUAUCUAGACAGGCGAGGGGCAAGAAGGUAAUACAGGAGACUAGGGUUAUAUUAGAAGCUUCAUAGGGGCAUUUGGAAAAAGCGUUGAGCUAUACAAUGAUUAGAAGAAAAAUGAACAUAAUCUUGCCUCUAAGAGACUAAGUGGGUAGGGGAGAAAGCUAGAGAAAUUGGAAGAUCAGAAUUUAAACUUUGGUAUGCUGGAAAAGAAAAACAUAAAUAUGGGUUGGGAAUCAUUCUAGACAAAGACCUAAAAGAUAAUGUGGUAAAUGUUAAAGGAAUAGGGAUAAAAUCAUAAAAUUCAGGACAGUUUUAGGUCAAGAGAAUAAAUUUCAUUAGUAUGUAUGCUCCCCAAAUAGGCUUAAUAGAAAACAUUAAUAGACAAUAUUGGAAAGAUAUGGAUAGUAUUAUACAAGGGAUACCAAGGUCUAGAAAACAUUCAUAAGAGCUUAUUUGAAUGGACACAUUGGAAAUGAUAAUAAAGUUUAUGAGGAUACAUGGAGGUCAUGGAUAUGGAGAUAAAAAUAAGCUCGGUGAUUUGAUUUUAUAUUUUUCCCUAUCUUAUGAUUUUGUUAUAAUGAAUACCUGCUUUAAGAAAAGAGAAGAAUACUUUAACAACUUUCAAGAGUGGGCAAAACAAAAGCCAGCAAAGAAAUUUGGUGGUGGGAUCAAGGUGUCCAAAAAACUAUAAAGCCAAAAAGAAUUUGUAUAAAAAUGGCAAAAUUGCAGAAAUGUAGAAAACUUUGAAAAAUAUAAAAAGGUAAGAAAAGAGGUGAAAAAAGGUCAUUAGUGAAGCUGUAGUGUAAAAUGUAUAAAAGAUGUGAAUGAAAUGUCUUGGUAAAAGAAGAAGCCUUGAAAGAGAGGUGGUGAAGAUAUUUUAAUAAAUUGUUUAAUGAAAACUAAAUUGAAAGCUUAAAUCUAGAAGUGAUAAAUGAGGCAAAGAAAAAAUCUAAGAUUAUUUGCAAAAUUAGAGUCUCAGAAGUUAAGAUGGUCUUAAAAAUGAUGAAAAGUGGGAAUCUAUAGGAACAGAUAACAUCCCAAUUGAACCCUAGAAAUGUCUAGGAAUUAAAGGAAGUGUAUAACUAAUCUAUUCAAAAUUAUCAUAAAAACCAAGAAAAUACUAGAAGAAUGGAGUAAAAGCACACUAAUACCUAUACACAAAAAUGAAGGUGAUAUUCAAAACUAUAAUAACUAUUGCAGAAUCAAAGUUAUGAGUUAUUUUAUGAAACUAUGAGAAGGAGUAGUUGAACAAAGGAUACAAAUAGAAAUGAGGGUCUCAAAGAAUCAAUUAGGUUUUAUGCUGAGGAGAUUGGCUAUAGAAGCUAUUUGGAAAAAUUCAGGGAAAAGAAAAGGGACUUGCAUAUGGUUUUUAUUGACUUAGAAAAGCAUAUGAUGAAGUACCUAGGGAAGUUCUAGGGUAGGUUUUAGAAAAGAAGGAAGUAUAUAGUAAAUUUGUUGUUGUCAAAGAAGGGGAUAUGUAGUAGAUACAUUGAUGUCAAGGAAGGGACUAUAUAGUAGAUAUAAUAAUGUCACCGAGGAUGUGUAUGAUAGACUAAUGACUAGCAUUAGGACUCUAGAAUGAGACUCUAGAGAUUUCCUAAUCACAAUAGGUGUACAUCAAGGUUCAACUUUGAGCCCCUACCUGUUUGCAUUAAUGAUUGAUGAGCUCAUUAAGAAUAUCCGGAACGAGAUCCUGCGGUGUAUGCUGUUUGCACACGAUAUUAUUUUGAUUGAUGAAAGUAAGAGUAGGGUAGAAUCUAAGUUAGAACUAUGGAGAAUAACUUUAGAGUCUUGAGGUUUUAUGAUAAGUAGAAAUAAGAUAGAAUAUAUGAAAUGCAAUUUCAGCCAUGUAAGGAGGAUAUUGAUGAUAAGAUUCGACUUGAUAAUCAAGAAAUCAACAACACUAGUAGAUUUUGGUAUCAUGGGUCGAUUAUGCUAGCGAAAGGAGAAAUUUGAAGAGGAUGUAGUACAUAGAGGUAAAGUAGGUUGGGUAAAUGGAGGAGUGCGUGCUAUGUGAUUGUAGAAUAGUAUUACAAUUGAAAGGAAAGUUUUGUAGGAUGACUAUAAGACCAACCAUGCUAUAUGGAUCAAAAUGUUGGGCAACUAAGAAACAACAUAUUCAAAAGGUUAAAGUUUUUGAAAUGUGAAUGUUGAGGUGGAUAAGCGGUAAAACACUAAAGGAUAAACUAAGGAAUGAACAUAUUUGCAAUAAAUUAGUAUAGCACCAAUAGAAGAUAUGAUAAGGGAGGGGCGGCUUAGUUGGUUUGGGUAUUUGAAACAUAGGCCAAGUAGGGCACCAAUGAGGAGGAUAGAGCUGGUCAUUGUUAAUGGUACAAGAAGAGGUGAGGAUAGACCUAAAUUAACUUGGAAUGAGGUAGUGAGGAAGGAUUUAACAGCCCUUAUAAUAGUUGAGAAGAACACUUUUUGUGAAUUGGCAGAAAACGAUUCAUAAACUCAACCCCACUUAGUGGGACUUAAGCUGGUUGUUGUUUUUGUUUUUUGUGUUUGACACCUACCGUUAAGAUGCUAAAAAUUUGACAGUGCCAUUGUUGCAUCAUUACAAGAUGUUUAACGACAUCUUGGAGUUAUGCUUGGUUUGCUAUUAUUUGGGUGAUGUAAAUCAGAAGAAAUGUGAGGGUUUUUGUGAUGAGUAAAUUUUUCCAUUUUUCCAUCUAAGAAGAGUUUCUUUCCUAGACUCAGUUUGGGAUUUUUAUUUUUCUAUGUUUGGGAGUAUUGCUUUUAGCGAUUGGCAAUUUGAUCGGAGGACAAUAUUGAUGUAAUUUUUUUUUCCUCUCCCAAUUUUUUGGAAAGAUAUCUUUUCAUUUUUUAUUUUUGGGAGGAUUUCUUGUUUUUCUCCUCUUCUCGCUUUCUUAAUAAAUCUUUUUUUUUUUUUUUAUAUAUAUAUAAAAAAAAUACUAGAUGUUUAAUGAAUACGAAUGUCAAAUGAGUGGAGGCUCUUGGAAUACAUGGCUCCAAUGAAAGCUAAGAAAGCUUUAUUUAUUGUUAGUUAUUUUAUGUCAGUUAAUAUUUGAUAUGCAAAUAGAGUGGUUGGUGGAUUUGGUUAAUAUAGGGAAUUCAGUGAGUGGGAGAGGAAAGGUUGUAUGAAUAUUUCAGAAAACAGCAGGAGCCUGAUCUUCAUGGACUUUAGUGGCACUGUAUUCCACUGGAAGAAUUUCUGGGUUGUCUAGUACUCUUUCCCCCAAAAGCAUGUAUGGAACAAAUACAUUUCUUUGACCAAUCCCCGAGCAUGUAGCAAUAAUUGACAUUAAUGCGUAGGAAUCAUGUGGUGCUUAGGGUGUACCACGCAUGAAAAUGUUUCAUAUUUCUCAACCAAAGAAAACAUAGGAAAGAUUGAAGCAUUUUAUGAUUGCCACAAAGAUCUUGUCUUUGAUGGAAAAAUGACUUUGUUUGAGUCAGUAACUCAGGCAAUUUUUUUGUAAUUACUUUAAAAUGUUAUUUCCCUUCCGUUGCAUCAUUUCUCAUUUUCUGUGUUUUUGUCUAUUGUUUGCCUUAAGGUAACCUUUGGACUGCCAGGAUGAGGAGGGUUGCAGCUAUGUAAAGCUGGUGGAAGUGCUGUAUCUAUGAUCCUUUUCGGCAUUCUUUGCAGAUUGAAAUAAAUUAACUUCUGCGUCCAUGGGAUUUUUAUUUACUUGUGAAAUAAGCUACAUUUAAAGUUACUCCUUCCACAUUGUUUGUUUAUUUGUAAAAUAAGCUACAUUUAAAGUUACUCUUUAUCAAAUUGUAAAUGAUUGCUAUAUUGCUAUUUUACCUGUCAUUCACAGGGUUGUAUAUGAAUAUUUGUUCAAAGCCUAUAGCCAAGUGACUUUUUCAGGAUUAA